AUGGACGGGUGGUGUGCAGAAUCCGACUGUCCACCACGUCGGAGCACACGCUCUCCAGAACGCGAUCGAACCGUCCAUCAUUUUGUUAAUGACCGCCUUUCCGGCGAAUUUUUCCACAACCUAACACACCUCAGAAGAAAUGAUGAACUGUGCGACGUUGUGAUAGAAGCCAGCGGCCCGAUUGAUGCUGGUGGAGCCGAGUCGGAGAGCUCUCCGCCAACAAUCAUCGCAGCUCACAAAGUUGUUCUAGCAGCCGCUUGCCCAUACUUCAUACUGUUGAUUGAAAGCGAGGAGUUGUUAACGAUGGACGAAAGCAGUUUCAUCCAACUCAUCUCUGACGACAGGCUUACAACAGAGGGUGAAGAAGCUGUUUUCGAGGCGGCGAUCAAUUGGGUGAAGUAUGAUCUUUCAAGGAAACCAUCGCUCCCAAAGGUACUUGCAGCAGUUCGUUUACCAUUGAUUUCUCAAGAAUUCCUUCUUGAUCGCGCAUACCAAGAGCCUUUGAUUCAAGAGUCUCCUGCAUGCAUCGCCAUGCUUUGUUCGGUUUACCAUCACAUUCUCAAAAAGGAAGUAACACCGGGACUCGCUGCAAGUUGGAUUCGUCCUCGUCAACCAGUUCCUUUGUCGCAGCUUGUGAUGCUAGUUGGUGGUCAAGCGCCGAAGGCUAUUUCGAAUGUAGACACAUUUGAUCCUGAUUCCCAGCGUUGGAGUUCGCUGGCUUCCUUACAACAACGCCGUUGUCGAUGUGGAGUGGUAAUGGCAGGCGAUUUGGUCUACGCUAUAGGUGGAUUCAAUGGAACAGCUCGUAUUCGUUCAGUGGAAAUUUACGAUCCACGCAGAGUGUUGCUCUUCUGUUUAGGUCAGUGGAUGGCGUUACCCUCAAUGACAACGCGGCGAUCAAGUGUUGGAGUGGCUGCUAUGAAUGGGAUUGUUUACGCUGUGGGAGGCUAUGAUGGACAGUCUAGACAAUGUCUGAACACGGUGAGCACUAAUUUGGGUUUUGUUCGGCGUCGAGUUAUACGAUGCACGUGCGCAAAUCGUUGGAGAUCAGGGGAGUCACUACUCGAAGUACGAUCUGGCGCAGGAGUGGCCAUUUAUCGCGAUCGUGUAAUCACAGCCGGUGGGCAUGACGGACCAUUAGUUCGAAGCUCUGUCUCGAAGAGGUUAGAAUUCAGUAGCCCUAUUGCAUUUAUGUGUGAACGAGGUUUCUUCAGUGAAGGAAACUUUAUUUUUUCAAGAUGUUGGGGCGAGGCUAUGGGUUGGAUUUCUUGCCUGAGAUGUCCGUUCAUGUAG